CUAGGGAUGAGAGAGACUACUAGCACAAGGUCACCCAGCUGGCUUUGCGCCUAAGGUGGGACUAGAACUGAAUCUCCCAAGACAUUUAACAUUCAGAACAUGAUGGUGCUCAUCACACAGUACAGUAUAACCAGCUGCGAUUAAUUAAAAUUAAACUGCAUUAAAUCACUAUUUAAAAAAAGAGAAAAAUCCAAUUUCAUGCAACAACAUUUGCCAUGUGUUACUUCUUCCAGAAACCUGCCAUAUUCCUUCCUUCAAUCUACUCCACAGGCUCUCAGGUUAAGUUGUAAGUUGGAGAAAUGAACCACUUCUUCUGUUGAUAGGAUCUGAUUGAGCAAUAGAAUGAAUUAUCAUGAUUACCAACCAUUAUUUGAUUAUCAACCAUUUAAAUAAUUUAUAAUAAGCAGAUUUGUUUCUGCUUCAUUUACAAGUCCUAACUACUUUAUAGAAGAAACUAUAUUCUCAAUUCUAAAAAUUAUUGAUAAAGUGAUUCCUCAUUUUUAAAAUUGUUACAUAUGCAUUAUAAUAGAUGGUAAGCUUGAGUAGAAAAAGUAAGUUUAGAUAGUUCUUAAUAUAGUUCUUAAUACAGGAAUUGAAUAGUUUCAUUGUCUACAUAUGAAACUGUUUCAUACUACCAUUCUAUCAUUCUAGAUUUGAUCAAAUAUUAAGAGAUCAGUUAUCUUUUUAGUCUCUGAAUGUUUGUGAGAUUUUUGGUGCUUCAAUAACUACCAGUUUACACAUGUACAAAAGUCCUCCCAUUUGUUUCAGUGGUAGGUGACAUACAGUUGAAUACAAGGUGUAUAUUAAUAACUCGAGUAAGGAAGCUUGAAUGCUUGAUCGCUCUUACAGAUCCUUGGAUGCAAGUCACAUAUUAUGGUUCAAGGUCAAAACCCAUUCUGCUGAUCUCCAACUUGCUAAAUGCAUGAUUCCACUGUAACAAGUAUAGACUUGUUUUGGUCAUUGUCUCUUUUGGAGAGGAUUUAAUAUUAUGUUUCUUUUCUCUUCCUGUAUUCAAAUGGUGAACAACACACACAUACUCUAGAUAAGUUUAGGUAGUUUUCAGAAUGAACCAAGAAUGAUUAAUUGCUCACAAAGAAAAAGAAUAGAGCUGUGUAUUGUAUUGUAAUCAUAUUUAAAAGGUAGUGAUGUGCUCCCUCCUCAAGAAGCCAUUGCUGGAGCCUACAUUUAUUAUUGAUUUUAGUCCAGUCUCCAUUGGAUUAAAUUGCUGAGGGCUGUGGAAGAAAUGGACCUAUUUGUGUUGAGUUUCAGGCUGGGACAAAAUUGAUUAUGCUUGACAAUGAAUUUUGACAGAACCAAUUGGGGUGAUACCACCAUCCUGGUUCUUCUUGAUCUCUUAGUGACUGUUGAUAACCAUUGAUCAUGGAAUCUCUCUAGAUUGGCUAAGGAGUUUGGUAGUUGGAGAUGAAGGAAUUUUUUUAGGGCCAUGCUGGUACUGUAGACCGGUUUUCUGUGACUGGUUCCAGUAGAUGCAGGAGGGAAGUAGGGAGAAAUCCAGCCCAAAACAAACCAGGGUGCCUCAGGAUUUGACCUUCUAGUCUUCCUUGUUUUAACUUCUAUGUGAGUUCAGCUUAGUGAAUUCAUUCAUCAAUCUGUAUUUAGUUGUCCAAGUUACUCUGUUGGGGCUUGUUCCAUUUCCUGGAAGAUAUUUGGAUCUGGUUGAGGAAGAACAGGUUUAGCAUUGAUAAAAAUGAAUGCUUAAUAGAUGCAUGGAUCUUCUGGGGAUAGUGAUUCUCUGUUUGGCUGUGGAUAAAUGGUACUUUUCUAUGCAGAACUAAUACAUAAUUUCGGAAUCUUUCUGGAUUCACAGAACCUACUCAAAGAUCAAGUGGCAGCUGUGGCAAGGACGGGCUUCUUACAGAUUUGCUAGUGUACCAGCUGUGCAAUUUCCAUUUUCUCAUGGUCACGUAUGUCUUGGUCCCCUUAUGUGGGGAGAACUGCAACAUGCUGUAUGUUACUGUAGCUCUUCUUGAACGCCACUCAGGAGGCUUUCAGAUAAACUUCUGUGAAAAAGCACAAAGUAAGCGCAGAGCACUGAAGCUGAAUUUUGCAAACCCACCUUUCAAAUCCACAGCACGAUUUACUUUGAAUCCCGGAGUUCCUUUUCAGAAUCCACACAUUGAUACUCAAGCAACAAUGGGUAGUAAUCACAUUGCCCCCUUCACGUUCAAAAGGAGAGAGGCGGAGAUGAUCGUGAAACUUUCCAGCAGGCUACAAGAGAGACUGAGAACACACAGCAUUGAAUCAUCAGGAAAAUUGAAGAUUUCCCCUGAACAACAUUGGGAUUUUACUGCAGAGGACUUGAAAGACCUUGGAGAAAUUGGACGAGGCGCUUAUGGGUCUGUCAACAAAAUGGUCCACAAACCAAGUGGGCAAAUUAUGGCUGUUAAAAGAAUUCGAUCAACAGUGGAUGAAAAGGAACAGAAACAGCUUUUAAUGGAUCUUGAUGUAGUAAUGCGAAGCAGUGACUGUCCGUAUAUUGUUCAGUUUUAUGGAGCACUCUUCAGAGAGGGUGACUGUUGGAUCUGUAUGGAGCUCAUGUCUACCUCGUUUGAUAAAUUUUACAAAUAUGUAUAUAGUGUACUAGAUGACGUUAUUCCAGAAGAAAUUCUAGGCAAAAUCACUUUAGCUACUGUGAAAGCAUUAAACCACUUAAAAGAAAACUUGAAAAUCAUUCACAGAGAUAUUAAACCUUCCAAUAUUCUUCUGGAUAGAAAUGGAAAUAUUAAACUCUGUGAUUUUGGCAUUAGUGGACAACUUGUAGACUCCAUUGCCAAAACCAGAGAUGCUGGAUGUCGACCAUACAUGGCACCAGAGAGGAUAGACCCUAGUGCAUCCAGGCAAGGAUAUGAUGUCCGUUCUGAUGUGUGGAGCUUAGGGAUUACAUUGUAUGAGUUAGCCACAGGACGUUUUCCCUAUCCUAAAUGGAAUAGUGUAUUUGAUCAGCUGACACAAGUGGUCAAAGGAGAUCCACCACAACUGAGCAACUCAGAGGAACGGGAGUUCUCCCAAAGUUUUAUCAACUUUGUCAACUUGUGCCUUACAAAGGAUGAAUCCAAAAGGCCAAAGUAUAAGGAGCUUCUGAAACAUCCCUUCAUUCUAAUGUAUGAGGAACGAACAGUGGAUGUUGCAUGCUAUGUUUGUAAAAUCCUGGAUCAAAUGCCAACAACUCCCAGCUCACCAAUGUAUGUUGAUUGAUACUGCUGCUAUAUCAAAACUGUAGUGCAAGUGCUGAGAGAAAGCAAGAUGUACAGAAUCUUCACCCCAUAUUGCAGUGUUUUAAUGCUCGCCCAGACACCAUGUGCAAUAAUGUUGGUGUUUCUCCUCCAUUCUGUCUGUAAAUCAUUGUCACUUACAAAGUGCAUCCAUGUAAUAUCCGAUUUCACAGUGUUAGAGUCAAGUCAAAGAGAGACUUUGUUUUGCUCUUUUUGUGGACAUAUACAUAAAAAUGUGGAAAUAAGUAACAUUUUAUUUGUUGGCCAUGAUUGGAUAGCACCUAAAGUUAAGUUCUAAACUCAGAAACUUCUCAGCAGCUACUGGAGGGAUUUUAUUCUCAAACUCUUCCAACUGCUACAAAUAAUUUAAAGGAAAGGAAGUUGUUGGUCUGCCUGAUUCGAAAUGUAAAAAAUACUGCCUGGGAGACAGUAAAUUGUGCAGCCGAAUGGAGCUACUUUUACCUUCUGGAGCUAGCAAAGGCAAACGGGGGAUAAUAUAUAAAUAUAUAAAUAUAUAUAUAAAUAUAUUUUUCUUCACAAAGUGCAAUAGAUUGAGUUGAAAUUCUGUUGCUUUUCAGCCACAGUGUAUAUUUUUUAAAACAGUGCAGCUCAGCAGAACUUCAUAAUGUUGGGGGAGGAAAGAGUGAUCAUGUAAAAUGGAUUAUUUCUUUACCAAAAACAUUCAGUGCGUUGAAAGAGCUAACAAUUCAACUUACAAGAGAGGAGGAAUAAUGUAUUCUUUCACUUUCCGAAGAAACCAAUCUUCAGCAGAACUAGUAUCCUACAAACUGUUAACCAGUGACAUAAAAUUCUGGACUGAGGAAUUAUUAAACUAUUCAGUGGAAUUUAACUGGCUUGUGACCCCUGAUUUCUAACUGUAACCAGGUGAUUAGCUGGCUAACUUUCACAUUUGGAAAGGACAGUGGAUGGCCUGCAGUUGUGAAUUACAUUAUUAAUGAACUCCUGAUGUGGUUUGGAUCUCUGCUUCAUGUCUGAUACCCAGUAUCAAAGCAGAUAAGCUUCCUCCCUCUCUUGCAAUUCAAUAUUUGUACUUCCAAAAGCAUAGCAAAAUGGUGCUAAUUAGUUUGAUGUACUUUGGAUGAAGAAUUCAAUUUCCACUGAAUUAUUCUGAAAAUGGAAUUCAGUUUUUAUGAUGGCUUGUUGAUAUAUCUUAUGGAGAAAAUUGCUGAGCCAUUACCAACCUGAUGGCAUAUAAUCAAUAUUGCUAAUAUAAGGGGAUUAAUGUGUUAAAUUCUUCAAAGGACAGAGUGACAGAACAAGGCAUUUUAAUAUUGUCAAUACAAAAAAAAAAGCCAUACAAAAUUAAACCGGUAUUCAUUUUUUCAGCUAUAUUUGAUGAAAUACUAAUUUCUAAGUGACAACGGAAAGGAAGUGUCCUUUUAAAGACACAGCAGAAACAAAAUUUUAUUUCUGUAGCCAGUUAACUGUUAUAUUUCUAGUUUACCAACUUUAAUAAACUUUCAAGAGGUAAAACAGUCAAAACAAGAACCUUUGUCUCUGCAAGAACAUAUGAAAUAAAAAGUAAGAUAUUGUUUGAAUGGAAUUUGGACUUCAAUAAUGCAAUAAUUUUUCUUUUUAGUCCUUUCAGGCAAAAAAAAUUAUAGAGCUUUCCAGCCUUACGUAACAAUUUCCUGUUGGUUCUUCCUUGUCUUUGCCAAAAAUAAAAAAUAAAAAAAUGAAUAAUUGUUAUAGAGCCCCAUUUCCCAAUUCUGUUAUUUGUUUAUAUAAGCAGAAUAUUUCCAUGCAGUUGAUCAGAAAAUGGAGGUAGCUUCCAACGCAGGCUCAGUGCAAUGGAAGUCCUAGCAUAUUAAUCAUAGAUUGUUAUAAUAUUAUUGUAUAAUAAUAUUAUUAUACUAUUAAGGGUGCAGCAUUUAUAUUACAGUGUAUGUUUAUAAAGAUGUAUAGUGUUCAGAAGCUGUGAAAAUAGUGUAAGAACUGUACAUUGUGAGCUCUGGUUAAUUUCUUCUUCUUCUUGUACUAUAGCAAAAAGUGUAUAAAAGUUUAUUGAUAAGUUGAUGUGCAGGGAUAUUGCCUAAUCGUCUGUAAGUAAAAUGGAGUUUCACAACAUGAUGGCUUUUAAAAGCUUCCAACUAUUUUAUCUUUUCCUGAAUUGACUUCCUGUUCUAUUUAAGAUAUUCUACAUGGAAUCAAAGUGUUUAAUGUAAUAAUUCUAUUUUUUUUUCGCCUGCAGGUCAGUUGUAAUAAAUCAAAGAUGCAACGUAGACCUUGUUAAUUUUUAUUAUAAGGUCAGGUAUGCAAUGGGGAAAUCAAUAAAUGCCACCUUUCUCUGGCCAGUUUCCCCUAUUUAUUGAAAAGAAAAAAAAUAAAAUAGAUGGCGGAACUAAGGUGAUUCUUUUCCCAUCUUAAACAAAAACCAUAAGCUCUAUUUGAUCAUUGAUGUAUUUUAAACAGGUAUUUGUCCUUGCCUCAUGAACCAUUUCUGCUGAUGCAUCACCUAAAUAAUCAUGAUUACUUAACUUCUAUUGCAA